UUAGUCAGUCGUGAGUCCGGAAGAGGCGGGGAUUAUUUUUCAUGGCGCGUCAUAGUGGAGCGGAUGCAGCUUAUAAACAGAUAAUAAAUAAUUAUAAUGAAAUAUAAUCAUAUGUAAUAUGCGCUGGUUUUAUUAGUGUGAGUUGUGUAGAUUUACUUUAUAUAAUAUUGAGCUGUAGAGCGGCGGGUGUGUUGGAGCGGAUUAGCCGGUUAACACCGAGCAGCAGGCCUGAGGGAAUAUGUGACACUCGUCACCAUGACAACCAAGUUCAGCAAGACGUACACGCGGAAGGGCGGCGAGGCGAACUCCAAGUUCGAGGAGGUUUUUGGUAACAGGAAAGCGACACUGAGCACCAAAUGGGGUGAGACGACGUAUAAAGCCCAGCUCGGUUCCAGACGCCCCGCCCACACGCUCGCCACACCCGACACAUCCGCACUGCACAAAAAACUCCGCCUGGAGCGAGACGACGAGGCAGACGACCCGUUCGGGUUCGAUAGCGACGAGGAGCAGAGUGAGACGUCCAGAGGCUCAGAAGAAGAACAGAGCGGACAGAACACAGGGGGCGGAGUUAACACAGCAGCACCAGUUCACAGCCCCUCCCCCGUCGUCAGCGGAUCCAAACACGCGUCGCACGCAGCUAAUUUAAAGCCAGCGCAUAAAGACUCGAGCAGUUUUGUAGAACGUUUAAGCGAAUGUUCUCCGUCCGAGUCUUCUGAAGGAGAGUCUGCACAAACCGGCUCCGCGUCAGAAAAUUCCAGGUCUGCCGAACAGGAAGCUGGAGGUCCCGAGACGGCGGAGAAGCCGAUCGAUUUCGAGCCACUUCCUCUGAUCAAACCGGCGAGAGACCGCGUUUAUCGAAGAGCCGGUAAGAAAGGAGAACAGGAGAACUCCCAGAAUUCCCCAUUAUCAGGAGAAAACAGCAGCAAUAAACCCACUGUCAAAAUUGUCUCCACGAGCGUGUCUACGUCCACGGGGUCGGAGGUGAAAGGUCGUGGGCGUGUGAGAGAUUAUACGCUGCUGCACCCAUCCUGUGUGUCGGUGUGCAACGUCACCAUCCAGGACUCCAUGGAGCGCGGUGUGGAGGAGAGUGUGAGCACCACGCCGUCUGAUCUGGGGGACACCGGGACGUUCCGGAGGAAGACGGACAACCAGCCUCCAAAGUACAGCAGGCAUCGUCCCACAAAGUCUAAGCUGGAGUGCAAGCUGGAGUUUUUUGGCUUCGAGGACGGAGUGUGUGAGGACGGAGACGCCGAACCUGGCACCAGCUACAAGAUUAAAUACUUUGGAUUCGACGAUCUGAGUGAAAGCGACAGCGAGGACGAGGACGACCGACCGGGGAAGAAGAAGGAGAAGAAGAGAGACGCUUCAGAGACGGCGACCGCGGCGUCUCACUGUCCUCCUACCGGUGAAGCUCUGCACCUCUCGCACACACUCACAGAUCCUGAGGAGUGGCAGGAUGAGUUGAGCUCCGGCGGUGCAGACACACAGAGAGAGAGAGCAGAGAAACACACUGACAAGCUGAUCAGCCGCAAAAUCUUCAAGAAGACUCCCACUAAAGCGGUGUACAAUGCCCGACACUGGAAUCAGCCCGAGCAGGAGGAAGCUCCUCCCACCUCACAGAGUGACAUCACACCUAAGCCGACUCCGUCGAGCGCGAACAAAGACGCGGAUCCUCUAAAAGACGACGGCGUGUUUAAAGCCCCCCCACCUCCACCUAAAGUCCCCAAAUCGGUGACCCCGCCCACUGAACCCCACCCACACACUACCACUUCAGAACAGAAGGAGCUGUACACAGUCGUCCAGCAGGUGAAGCACUUUAACGACGUGGUGGAAUUCGGAGAGAACCAGGAGUUUACUGACGACUUUGAGUAUCUGGAGACGGGACUGAAGAGCACGCAGCCUCUCCACACACGCUGCCUCAGUAUAAUCAGUUUAGCCACACGCUGCGCCAUGCCAAGUUUCCGCAUGCACUUGAGAGCGAGAGGAAAAGUGGCUCAGGUGUUUAACAUGCUGAGUGACGCACCGCAGCAUCCGAGCCUGGCGCUGUGUACGGCAGCUCUGCUCUACAUCCUCAGUCGGGACCGCCUCAACAUGGACCUGGACCGCGCCUGUCUGGAGCUGAUGAUCCGUCUGCUGGAGAUGGAGCAGGACGAGUCCGAGGAUCAUCAAAGCAAAGUGAAGGAGAAAAUACAGAAACUGUGUGAAACUGUACACAACAAACACCUGGAUCUAGACAACAUCACUACGGGUCACUUGGCCAUGGAGACCCUUCUCUCAUUGACGUCUAAGAGAGCAGGGGACUGGUUUAAAGAAGAGCUCAGGUUACUGGGAGGACUGGACCACAUCAUAGAUAAAGUGAAAGAGUGUGUGGAAAACCUAGAGACCGAUGACGAUAACGAGAACCUGGUGGCGUCGUUAUGGGGAGCGGAGCGCUGCUUACGGGUUCUCGAGAGCGUAACAGUUCAUAAUCCAGAGAAUCAGUCCUACCUGAUCGCCUACAAAGACUCGCAACUGAUCGCCUCGUCAGCCAGGGCCCUGAGACAUUGCGAGUCCAUGAUUCAGCUGUACUGCCGUAAUGUCAUCAACUCCGGUGCCAAUUCUGCUCACAGUAACCAUAGCAAUGUGGGAAAAGCAGUGCAGGACUGUCUGAGGGCGCUGCUGGGGGUGAUGCUGAACCUCACACACGAUAACGAGUGGGGCAGCACUAAGACAGGCGAGCAGGACCAACUGAUCAUGACUGUGCUGAACUGUGUGCUGAAAGUUCCUCAGUUUCUUCCUCAGGAGCAGAAAUUUGACAUCCGUGUGCUCGGUCUGGGUCUGCUGAUAAACCUGGUGGAGUACAGCUCCAGAAACAGACACUGUCUGGUGGAGCUGGAAGUGGAUUCGAGCUGCCUGCUGGAGACGGAGAAAGACGGGAAAGCGGAGGGAGAGAAGGAUAAGGGUGUAGAGGAUGACAAGAAGGGACUGGAACCAAAAACCUCAAGUGCUCUACCUGCUCUGGUGCAGCUCUUCUUGGAGCGCGAGAGAGCAGCCGUGCUGGCCGAGGCGCAGGCCGACAACAUCAUCAGCGAGGCACCGAAGCCUCAGCCAGAUGUGAGCGGACAGUGGCAGGUGACAAGUGGAGAGAUGCAGUGGGUCGCUUCAGAAAAUAACACUGAUGACAAGAAGGAGAAGGAAGAAGAGGAGGAGGAGCUCGAUUUUAAUAAAGUCCUGCAGCAUGCUGGGAAACACAUGGAGGACAGUAUAGUGGCGUCGUACACUGCGCUGCUGCUGGGGUGUGUGUGUCAGGACAGUCCGGUGAAUGUGAAGGCUGUGAGAGAAAGCCUGCCUAAAGGAGAUUUUUCCAUCAUGACUGAGAUGCUAAAGAAGUUCCUCAACUUCAUGAACCUGACGUGUGCAGUCGGCACCACGGGACAGAAAUCCAUCACCCGUGUCCUUGACUAUCUGGAGCACUGUUAGCAUGAUUUCAGAGGAGCUGGCAACCCAAGAGGCUCUAAUCAUCCUUUAUCUCUCUCACUAACAAUCUCGAACACACCCCUCCCCCCAAUAUUUCUGACACACACCCCAACACACACACACACACACACACACACACACACCCCUGUGCAUUUAUAAGCUGUAACUUCUUAUAUAAUUAUUUUGCUUAAUUUUUAAAUCCCCUCGUUAUGAAUAAUAAAUAUUUGUUUGGAAAAUGUUUCAUAACGAAAUAUCUCGAGCGAGCGUCUAACAACAAAAAAAGAAUUCUUUUUCAACAAAUAAGCUUUACAAAAAGUAAAAAUAAAAAGUAUACGUUUCUUUCUAACUGAGCUUAUCGAGUGUUAAAACAGUUAAACAGGAAUAUAAAUAAAUAAUAUUAAUAUAUAUAAGUACAUUUUCAUUUUAAACGUAUUCUGCAGAGGCCAUGAGAUAUAAAACCGCUUGAAACUGAUGCGAUUAUUGAAAGGAAAAUAUCAAAAUAUAUCGUUUAGGAUUUGAUCGACGAAUCGUUUGACAUCAAAUUCGUUCCAAAUUAAUGGCAGCGGGAAUUUUUCAUUUAGCUCGUUUUUAAAUAGCAAAAUUAAGGAAUUCAUUCAGGAGUUAUGUGCAUUUUUGGAAUUUUAAUCAUUAUUAUAAAUUUUGUGUUAGUAAUAAAUAUUUCAGUUUAUUUCAGAAUCACACUUUAGAGCCACACUUCCAGAUUUAAGGUGGUAUUGUUGCAAAAAAACCCCAUCAUUUAUUGAGGCCUUGGUUUAAAACUCUUAACGUUCACUUUAAACUUUUUUUUUAAUGAAAGAUCAUGGCACAUAUUUUAGAGGAAUAUAUAUAUAUUCCCCCCUCAUGCUUUGAUUUGCCUAAAUUCCACCUUAAAUUCCACCUUUUUUAAAUUCCACCUUAAAUUCCACCUUCCACCAAUUCCACCUUAAAUGGGAAUUCCACCUUAAAUGGUCAAAAAGUCGUCUUUUUGGUGUAGAUCAGGAUUUCAGCUUAAAGCAGCGGUAUGUAAUGUUCGGCGCUUUCCGUGAGAUGCUACACAUCAGAGCGACGAGCGAUCGUGUCCGUGUUUUUAAGUGGGCGGGGCUUAGCAGCGUGAAGCUCCUUUACAUUCGGAUUUAGAGACGCGUCUAAGGAAACUAUUCGGAUCCGUUAAUAUUACAUACGACUCCUUUAAAGAAUAAUUCGUAUUUUAUUCCAGUUCUUUAUUCAGUUUUUAUUUUUUUUGUACUGUAACCUGAAAUGGAAUUUAUUUUAGUCAUUAAAAUUAAUUUUAUUUGUGAUUUUAGUAUCUUAGUUAGUUUCCUGUAUUUUGGUACCCUGUUGUACCUUAAAUUGGAAUUUUAGUGGGGAAAAAAAAUCGUUUUUUUUUUUUUAUAAAAGAAAAAUGAUGAACCUGUUUAUAAAUGUUAUAAAAUAUUUAAAGAUAAAUAGAUUGGUGUAAAAUUAAGCAAAAUAAAAUCCAAGCACAUGGGGUUUGACUGAUUCCACCCAAAAAAUGUAAAGCAUUAUUUUUUUUUAUUUUCCGUUCUACGUUCAGUUUGUUUUAGUGAAAGAUUUUCUCGAUUCUUUUUCUCCAAGUUCUUUCGUUCGCUUUAAUUUAUGACGGUAAAAUGAACUCGCUUUAAACAAGUGUCCUGUUCCUCUUACAGCCUUUUUUUUAUCUGAGUAAAAAAAAAUUUCUCAGAUUAUUAUUAUUAUUAUUAUUAUUAUUUUUUUUUAUGAAAUGUGAGUGAAAUAAACAGAUGUUUGUGUGUAAAUAUUUUGUGUAAAUAUCGCCUCCUGAUAUGACGUUCGACUGGAUUCUCAAAGGUUUUCUUUUAUACACUUUGCUUGGUUGUUGCAGGAUAUAUAAAUAAAAAAUCUAUAAAUAAAUAAAUAUAUAUCUAUAUAUAUGUGUAUAAACACUUUGUACCCAGUUUUGCUCAGAAUUUUGUCUUUGUUUACCUGUAAAUAAUUUCACCUUUAAUAAAAGCGUUGAUACUUUAA